AUGGCCGCACCACCCACAGCCGAGCAAAUCGCCAUUGUCAAGUCCACCGCGCCCAUCAUCAAGGAGCACGGCAGGGCGAUUACAGAUGCAUUCUACACAAACCUGUUGUCUGUCCAUCCCGAGCUGAAGAAUUACUUCUCCCUGCGCAACCAGCAGACCGGGGCGCAGCAGCUAGCUUUGGCCAACGCCGUCUUUGCUUACGCGGCGUAUAUCGACGAUCUCGGGAAACUGGGCGAGGCUGUUGAGCGAAUAGCCCAGAAGCAUGCCUCGCUUUUUAUUAAACCCGAGCAUUAUCCCAUUGUCGGGCAGUUUCUCGUUGAAGCGUUUGUGCAAAUCCUCGGCAGUGCUGUGACGGAAGAAAUCAAGGACGCAUGGAUCGCGGCAUAUCAGCAGCUCGCAAACAUCUUCAUCCAGCGCGAGGAACAGCUUUACAGCGAGCACGGCCAAGAAUGGCGAUCGUGGCGCAAGUUCACCAUUGCGGAGAAGGAACAAGACUCGGAGGAUGUCUUCCAUCUGUAUCUCAAACCAACAGAUGGGCUGCCCUUGAAGAAGUUCAUUGCUGGGCAAUAUGUUUCGCUCCAAGUCCCCGUCCCCGAGGCCGACGGGCUUCUGCAAAGCCGACAAUUCAGCAUCAGCUCUGCGCCCAUCGACUCUCAAGACCAGCUGCGAGUCACCGUCAAGAGAGGGAGCACGGUCCUGAACGCGAGCACUCGGGACGUUUCCGAAGGCAAAGUGCCGGGCCUCAUCUCCAACAUUCUUUUCGAGAGGUACAGUGUUGGUGAUGAGGUGGAACUCAGCCCUCCCCGUGGCGUCUUCUCGUUUGACGCCGAGGCCGCAGAUCCUGAUGUUCCCGUCGUCCUACUCAGUCUUGGAGUCGGUGCGACACCCGUCGUCGGGAUUUUGGAUUCGAUUCUCAAGUCCGGCAGUCCAACUCGCCGUGUUAGCUACAUCCAUGGCGCGCGACACUCUGGGGCUGUAUGUUUCGGUCAACACAUUCGUUCAGUUUCCAAGGACCAUGAAAACGUAACGUCGGCCCUUUUCAUCAAAAAUGUCAAAGAGGGAGACGAGCACAAUUUCCAAGGGAGAAUGGACUUGAAUAGACUGGAUCGAAGUGCGCAUUUGCGCCUUGAUAAUGACAAGGCAGAAUACUUUGUUUGCGGGCCACCCGAAUGGAUGGUUCAGACUCGGACCUGGCUGGCGGAACAAGGCGUGGAGUUGAAGAGGGUUCACUUGGAAUUGUUUGGAACAGGAGGAAUCUAA